AUGCCGGAGCUACGGUUUAUGGCUGGCAUUGGCCGGUUCCUUCCUAUGGUUGGAUAUCACCAUGUUCUCAUGUUAUUCGUUGCAAUCUCCAUUCUACUACUAUCUCUACUACUAGCCGGCUGCUCUUCUUCGUCUCCACAAAUCCCCAGCAUCUUCCUAAUAUCGAUGUUCUAUGAAAAAUAUCCAGCAGUCAUGAGUACCGCCCAGGCAGACCCUGGACUCGUGCCAACAAUCGCAAACAUCGUCGGAGGCGCCCAUUUGGAGGUUCGAGUAGGGUAUUUCGGGAUCUGUAUCCAGCGAAAUGGCGGCGGCUUCCUCUGCAAUCAGAACGCAACUAUCUUGGCAGAAUCUCUCGGUGUGGAGAGCGAUCCAUUGAAUCUGAUAUGGGUUGCAUCCACAUUUAAAGAUGCUGUAGUAUUUCCAUACCUCAUUAUCGUUGCACUGAUUUUCGCAUUCUUCUCCUUCCUCCUCCUUGCGACUUUCCCUGGUUGGCAUGAGGAGCUCAAUAACCAAGGAUCCGAUAUCGAAGUAAAGCCGUUCCCCUCUCGGCCUGUAUCACAAGUCGCACUCGCAUUGAUUUUCGUCGCCUCCGUCUUCAUUCUGGUGUCAGUCCUCUGGCAGCACACGGCAUCGGUAGCGGCGAGUACAAUAGCCCAAGACCUGGGGAACGGCAGCGUGAAAAGCGGAGUCGGAACGUCAGCCAUGUUACUAGGCUGGUUCGGCUUCGCAUUCUUCAUCAUCGUUUCCAUCGGCUUGCUUUGCAUGAUUUUGAGUAUCAGCUAUUUCUCGCAGUUGACAGAUGAUUGA